ACACUAGCAUCAUGGAAUACUUGUACUGCAAAUAAAAAACUGUUUCUCUCAUCCCCCUAUCUGCAUCUUCAACAUUCUCACGAUGUUGUAUUCGAUGUGUGGGUGCUGCAACAAACCGGUAAUAACGCCCUUUGUUUUCUUUCAUUUUUUUCAAAGAGAACGCUAAAUGACAGCCCAGGGUUCAGUCUUUAGGCCCUGAAAACGCCCAUUUAAAUUAUGUAUUCAGAAGUUUAUGUCAACUUCUCCUGUACCUACAAUAAAAAAGCCGGAUGUCGUAUAAAUCUGGGAACUAUUUUUCUAUCUGUAGUUGCUAGAAGGAUGUGUUUUGUUGACGGACUAUUCACUUCUGGAACAGUGGAUUUAAUUUUUACUCAUGGAACUCUAUUUUACUUUUCUUUAUUUCAGCUAACAAUUGCUAGAAGACUUGGAAAAGGGAACUGAAGAAAUGUCUUUUUUUCCAAAACUCAAACUUCACUUAGAAGUAGAAGAACAUCUCCGUGGUGUAUUUCAAAAUAGUGAGCUUGUAUCUACCUUAGGUGUCCAAGAAGUAGAAAGAAGAUUUGAAAGUUUAUUGGUGUGCCUGUCCCAUCCUCCAGCUUUCACUACCGUCCGAAUCAAUACCCACUUGAUCUCUGUGGAAUCUGCUAAGCAACUGCUGACAGAUGAACUAGAGAAGCAGCUCAAAAGGAAAGACUUAAUAAUUCAGCACCCAGAACUUCCAGAUGUUUUGCUUGUUCCAGUAAAUGGCCCCAGGAGAGAUCUGGAGAGGUAUUCAUCAGAAGUGAUUGUUGGAGCCCAGUGUGGAAAUGCUGUACUUCGAGGAGCUCAUGUAUUUGCCCCAGGAAUCCUGUCUGCUCCAAAGAAUAUGAAAGUUGGUGAUGCUGUUUCUGUGCUGUCAGACAUAGAAGGAAAAUGCAAAAGAGGCGCAAAGGAUUUUCUUGGUUCCAAAAUUUUCAUUGGAAAUGGGACCGCUAAAAUGAGCCGUAGUGAGAUUUUCUGUGCAAAUGGCCUGGUGAAAGGUAUAGGUAUUUGGAUGACAGAGCCAGUGUACCUUAGCCCUUCGUUUGAUAAUCUGCUGCCUAGCUUUCUCUUCUUGCAAAACUUACCAUCUUCUACAGUGAGCCAUGUAUUGGGUCCCACUUUUGGAGAGAGAAUUUUGGAUAUGUGUGCCGCUCCUGGUGGAAAGACAACACAUAUUGCAGCUCUUAUGCAUGACCAGGGGGAGGUGAUAGCCUUGGAUAAGACACCAAAUAAAAUACAAAAAAUUAUGGAGAGUGCAGAAGUGUUGCAGCUGAAAAGUAUCAAGGCAUUCUGUUUUGAUAGCACUAAAGCUAUAGCAUCUAGCAAAUCUGAAGUCAAGCCAGAAGGGCCUCCUUUCCUGGCAGAAUCAUUUGACAGGAUUCUUCUAGAUGCUCCCUGCAGUGGAAUGGGUCAGAGGCCAAACAUGGUCUAUUCAUGGAGCCUAAAAGAAGUGAAAUCCUAUCAGCCACUACAGCGGAAGCUCCUUAAUGUGGCAGUGAAGUUGCUGAAGCCUGGUGGCACUUUGGUGUACAGUACUUGCACUAUAACACUAGCUGAAAAUGAAGAACAAGUUGCUUGGGUACUGGAGUCUUUUCCUAGCCUCAGACUUCAGCAACAGGUACCUCAUCUUGGUGGAGAGGGUAUGAUGGGAGCUGGACUAUCACAUGAGCAGCUGAAGUUGCUUCAGAGGUUUGAUCCAUCCGAAGUUGCAUUGAAGAAUUCAUGUAAACCAAUACAUGAAUGUAGCACAGAAGACAUGAUUAGUCUAGCAAACAAAGACACUAUUGGCUUUUUUAUUGCUAAAUUUGUAAAAACUGACAGUGCUUCAUCUUGACAGUAACAAUUAAAAUAUUAAAUUAA